CUAUCUCUUAUAAGAUAAUCACCAUUACUCAUUAACUGUUCUGAUACAUACGUGUGAUACCACCCUGGAGGGCCAAAGUUCACACAAUGGACUCGUGAGUUGGUAGACCUGCAGGUGCUCAGUUUGGAGCAAGAGGGCAAAAAUGAAGCUGGAGAAGAGAUUUGGCUUGAGCACCUUGGAAAAAUGGCUGAUCUUCCUCUUUGUCGUGAUGACCGGCGUGUGCGUUGCCCUGGUGACCCUCUACUUCGUGGACCAAGAGGCUGCCUCCACCACUGACCAAGAGGGUAAAUGCGGUGGACCCCAGGAGCUCACCGCAGAGUCGGGCACCUUCACCAGCAUCCAUUACCCCAGUAGCUAUGACAACGGGAGGAGCUGCGCCUGGCACAUCACCGUUGACCCGGAUAAGGUGAUCGCCCUGAGAUGGGAGGAGUUUGCGUUAGAAGACAGCCACCUGUGCACAGCAGACUUCAUCACACUGCGAGAUUCAGUGGGAGUCAUUGGCAAGUACUGCGGCUACACCAAACCUUUGCCUCUGGUGUCGCUAACAAACCGCCUGACCGUCUACUUUGACACCAACGACAGGAAAACAGACCAGGGGUUCAAGGCUCGUUACGAGGCCGUGUCUCCGGAGCGCGCAUCGGAAAUAGCCGGAGCUGGUGGCACUCUCCAAGGUGACCAGGGGGAUCUGAUGACCCCUGGCUUUCCGGAGCAGAACUACCCGAAUGGAGCGCUGUACCAGUGGAAAAUAACCGUGCCAGAAGGCGAGAAGGUUCGACUGACGUUCACUUCAUUCGACUUGUUGCCUGAAGUGUGUGGAGACUUCGUCCAGGUCUAUGAUGGCUCUACGUCGUUGGGUAAAUUCUGUGGCGGGACCAUGCCAAAGCCGGUGGAGUCCAGCAGCAACACGAUGAUUGUGCGCUUCAAGUCCGACAGCACCGGCCGCUCCAGAGGGUUCACCGCCACAUACACAAAGUCCAGCCUCCCUCCUAUUGUGGUACCUACCACAAUUAAACCCACGACCACAUCCAAGCCCACCACCCAGACCCUACCGCCCACCACAUCCGACUCGGGCGGCGCGAUCACUCUCACUGGCCGUAAGGGAGUGUUCCAGUCUGAGGGCUUUCCCAACCCUUACCCCGCUCAUCAGAACAUCUCCUGGAGGAUAACCGUGCCCAAGGGCUUCCUGGUGAAGCUGCAGAUCACCGACAUGGCCAUCACUGGGGAAACGGGACAAUGCAAGGAGGACAAACUUAUCGUCUCGGACGCUUACGAUACUUUAGCCGUACACUGUGGGUACAUCCAUCCUCCUGUGGUGGUGGCAGCCACAAACACGAUGACCGUCUCCUUCCAGUCUGACAGUCGUCUCACAGACAGAGGCUUCUCCGCCAAGUGGGAGGCUGUGUACCCCGAAGAUAUAGCGGAAAUCCAGGGUUGCGGCAUGUCUUCCAAGGAGAAGACGGGGGUCAUCAAGUCCGCCAACUGGCCCAUGAACUACAAGGCCAACGGCGAGUGCAUGUGGAACGUGGCGCUGCCUAUUGGCAGGAAAAUCACGCUUGCCUUCACGCACUUUGACCUGGAGGCCAAAGACUUCCUGUCGUCCAAAUGCUUCGAUAACGUCAUCGUGUACGACAUCAACGGCGUGACCAACGCCUUGAUUCGGAAGCACGGACCAUUUUGUGGCACCAAGUUGCCAAUAACCACCCAGAGCAAAGGGAGCAGGCUGAUGAUACGAUUCCAUUCUGAUUUGUUUACCGAGGGUAAAGGCUUCAGAGCUUACUGGACUACAGACCCCAGUGUGCCUGCACCCACUGAGCCGCCUGUACCGCCAAAUCCUUGGGACGGCAUCAACAUAGACUGGCCCGGUACAUGUGGCAGACCUGCCGUCCCUCCUUCUGUGAAGUCUCGCAUUGUCAACGGAGAACCUGCCACACCGCACUCGUGGCCCUGGCAGGUGUCCAUGCAGGUGUGGCCGUCCAGUCGACCUGAACCGACGUUCUUUCAUACCUGUGGGGGGACUCUUAUUCAUAAGAACUGGGUGCUGACAGCCGCUCACUGCUUCAUCAAUUACGCUGACGAGCUGCACCGCUGGCGCAUGUGCUUGGGCAAGCACAACCUGACCAUCACGGAGGCCAGCGAGCGCUGCCUGAGCGUGACGGGCAUCUACCGCCACGAGGCAUUCAAGUACCCCACGGUGCCCACGGUGGAGUUUGACAUCGCCCUGGUCAGGCUGGACGGGGAGGCUGAGGUCAGCAACCAGAUCUCAUACGCCUGCCUUCCCAGGCAGGAGGUGGUGCUGCCCGAGGGGAAAAAGUGCUACGCCAGCGGCUGGGGUGACGAGACGGGCGAUUCCCUGAAUGCCAAAGUUGCAGAGACCCUUAACCAGGUCGCCUUGCCUGUUGUCCCGUAUGACACCUGCAAGAGGAUGGACUACUGGUGGUUCCAGGUCAAGACCUCCAUGAUCUGCUGUGGUUAUACUUUGCCAGAUGAGCUCAAGUCAGUGUGUCAGGGAGAUUCCGGCGGUCCUUUAGUGUGCCAGGACUCCCCGAACAGUCCUUGGGAAGUUCACGGAAUAACCAGCUUCGGUCCUAUUGGGUGCAUCAUGAACAAGAAGCCCUCUGUGUUCACCCGCUCGUCCGCCUACAUCCCCUGGAUCAACGACAUCAUACGCAGGGAUAUCUACAACAAACACACAUCCGGUUGCGGCGGAGCGAAGGACUUGGCGGGCGCAGGCGGCACUUUUUCCUCCAUGGGAUACCCGGGCAGCUACAGCAACAAGGCCAGGUGUCAGUGGAACAUCCAAGCACCUGCAGGCAAACUAGUCCACCUUCACUUCAGCAAUUUCUCCCUGGAGGAGAGUGAACUGUGCCUGAAUGACAAAGUUCGCAUUACGGACACAGCUGGAAGUCUAGGCACCUACUGCAGCCACACUCCCCCCAGAGACCUGGUGAGCGGUGGGGACUUGCUUCACAUCAGCUUCUCCUCCAACGACAAGGUGGUGGACACGGGCUUCACGGCCACAUGGAAGGCGGUGGACCCGGCGGAAGCUCCGUGUGGAGGAAGCUUUAACACCGCCCAGGGUGAAAUCACCAGUCCUAACUGGCCCAAGGACUACCCGGGUCAGACCGUGUGUACGUGGAGGAUCAAGCUCCCUUCAGCCAUAAGCAUCCACGUGGUCUUCACUCACUUUGAGCUGCAGGCCGUGAACGUGCUGGGGAACUGCGUGGACUAUGUGGAGGUCUUCAACGGAGAAAACAUGGCUUCACAAGGCCGCUUCUGUGGCUUUGCCCCGCCCCCAUCAAUAAUCGCCCCGAGCGACACGGUGGUCAUUCGCUUCCUCAGCAACGGGGUCAACCAGCAGAAGGGUUUCCGUGGUUACUGGACCACCGAUGCCAGUGUCGUUCCAACUCUGCCUCCUCCCACUCCGAACCCAUGGGACAACAUUACCAUCAGCUGGCCAGAGGAUUGCGGUAAACCGGCAGUGGCCCCCAGUACGGGCAACCCAAGGGUGGUUAAUGGGGUAGAAGCCGUCCCCCACUCCUGGCCCUGGCAUGUCUCCAUGCAGACUGCGCACAUACCUUCCAUCCCUUCCAUGCAUUGGUGCGGAGGUUCUCUGAUCCACGAGGAGUGGAUCCUGACAGCCGCCCACUGCUUCAUGGCGCCUCUGAACCAGCCGUCCUACUGGCGCGCGUGCCUGGGGAAGCACCACAUGAACUCCUCCGCGGACGUCCCCUCGGCCGAGGCCUGCUACCAGGUGGACGGGAUCAUCCGGCACGAGGACUUUGUCUACGAGAACGACCGCAGCGACAUUGUGAACGACAUCGCCCUGGUGCAUUUGGCCCGGCCCGUCAACAUGACCAAGGAGAUCAGCCCCGUUUGUCUGCCCCAACCGGGCGCCAUCAUGGCGGCUGGGACGCCCUGCUUCAUCACCGGCUGGGGGGACGAGAAAGGCAACCUCGUCCCCAAAGUGUCGGAGAAGCUGAACCAGGCUGCGCUUCCCGUUGUGGACUUCCAGACCUGCAGCAAGCCGGCCUACUGGUGGCAAGCCGUGAGGCCCUCCAUGAUCUGUGCUGGCUACGACUCCCCAAAUGAGCUCAAGUCAGCCUGCCAGUAUGACUCCGGGGGUCCCUUCGCGUGCAAGGCUGCCCUGGCCAACGCCACCUGGGAGGUGCACGGCGUCGUCAGUUUCGCACCCCAGGGCUGCAUCAAGGACAAGAAACCCUCGGUGUUCACUCGUGUGUCCGCCUUCAGCCACUGGGUCCACGACAACAUCAGGAGGUUCUUGUACCAGAGGGCCGGGUUUGUCUAGGGCGGGGGUCAGCAACCCGCGGCUUUAGGGCCACAUGCGGCUCUUGAGCGGCGCCCUGGUGGCUCCGUGGAGCUUUUUCAAAAAUGUAUGGAAAUGGAAAAAAAAAUUGGGUGAAAUAUAUAUUUUUUGUUGCAAUAUGGUUUCAGUAGACUUAGACUUAGACUUAGAAAAUCUUUAUUGUUUUCAAGGUGCAAUUUGGUUUGCAGCAUUACUCAUUAAAAACAAGAUUCAACAGUAAAACGAGGUACAACAGUAAAAAACAAGGUACAACAGUAAAAACGAGGGACAACAGGAAAAACAAGGUACAACAGUAAAAACGAGGUACAACAGUAAAAACGAGGUACAACAGAAAUAACGAGGUACAACAGUAAUAACGAGGUACAACAGUAAAAACAAGGUACAACAGUAAAAACGAGGUACAACAGUAAAAAAAAACAAGGUACAACAGUAAAAACGAGGUACAACAGUAAAAACGAGGUACAACAGUAAAAACGAGGUACAACAGUAAAAACGAGGUACAACAGUAAAACGAGGUACAACAGUAAAAAACAAGGUACAACAGUAAAAAAGAGGCAGUGAAGUGAAUUAUAUUCAUAUAGCGCUUUUCUCUAGUGACUCAAAGCGCUUUACAUAGUGAAACCCAAUAUCUGAAUUCCAUUUAAACCAGUGUGGGUGCCACUGGGAGCAGGUGGGUAAAGUGUCUUGCCCAAGGACACAACGGCAGUGACUAGGUUGGCAGAAGCGGGGAUCGAACCCGGAACCCUCAAGUUGCCGGCACGGCCACUCUACCAACCGAGCUAUACCGCCCCACAACAGUAAAAAAACGAGGUACAACAGUAAAAACGAGGUACAACAGUAAAACGAGGUACAACAGUAAAAAACAAGGUACAACAGUAAAUAACGAGGUACAACAGUAAAAAACGAGGUACAACAGUAAAAAACGAGGUACAACUGUAAAAACGAGGUACAACAGUAAAAACGAGGUACAACAGUAAAAAACGAGGUACAACAGUAAAAAAACAAGAUUCAACAGUAAAACGAGGUACAACAGUAAAAAACGAGGUACAACAGUAAA